AUGGUGAGGAGUGGAAUCGUCCUGAUUGUGCACCUAUCACCAUGGUUGAGACCCGUACUGGGUUAGAGACUAGCCCCUAUAGCAAGGAGCAGCAAGAAAAGAUGGCCGCCUUAGUCAGAGAGAACAGGGAGAGAAAAGAGCGUCAGAAGCAAGCGAAGCUAAAGGCUAUCGCAGACGAGCAGGCGACGAAGAUAAAGAGGUUGGAGGAGGAGAUGAAGAGGGUACAACAAGAGGAGGAAGAAAGAAGAAAAGYUGCUGAAGCAGAAGCGGCAGCAGAAGAAGAGAACGAGAGAAUGAGGAUUGAGAGUGGAGAAGGGAGCAGUGGUGGCACGAUGGUGAGGGAGACGGAUAUUGAGAUGGAGAAGAAGAUCAGCGAGUGGGUCGCUAAUUUAUCGUUGGGUGAAGAGGAGGAGGUAGAGUCCUAUGUGACUGAGGAUGAGAGGGCUGCGCUAGCCAGUGAGCUAGCAACAAUGACAGAUCCUAUGGAAAGGCGAGAAAGGGAGGAGGAGCAAAAAUUGGCAUGGAAGUUGAGGAUGAAGCGAGAGAAGAAGAGGAGGAGAGAGGAAGUGAGUAAAAUGACUGCAGAGGUAGCGAAGGUGCAAGCGUGCAGGCAGGAGGUGUUGGCCCAGCCGGAUGAUAAGGCCAAGUGGGACAAGGUACUGGGGUACCUGGAAGUGUUGAGCAAGGCCUGGAUGGAAGAGCGCCACGCUAGCUGGAGCCAAGAUGUAGCCUUAAGUGCCAUGCGGUCAGGGUUUAGAGACUUUGCGCGCGAGAUCGUCACCCAUAUUGGGGGCGAAGUUAAGCAAUUGAGAGACAAUGUAGGGAAGUUCUGUGAGGGCGCCAUUCAGGGUGCCAAAGCUGUAGCCGUUGUAGAGGGAGAGGCCAGACCCCGUAAGGACCCAGUGAAACUUAAGUUCCCAGAUGCAAACGGGGGAAAGAAGGAAGAAAACUUUGACAACUGGGAAGCCAAUGUCAAUAGUUAUAUUUACUUACAACACAUCCUGAUUGAGGAACAUGUCCUCGUGGCCUUCCAGGCCCUCAAAGAUGAAGCGGCUAUGGAGGAGUGUCAGGGCACUCAAGGGUACCAUGACAACUUAGUGGCCGUCCCGGACCAUGGGGUCACUGAGACCCAGUUGGUCCAAUUGUUUUAUCGUGCCAUACCAGAGGCCCUGCGCGGGCAUUUCUUUGACAAAUCUCAACAGGCCGGCAUCACAUAUGAUGCAUUCAGUAGGGAAGUCGUCCUGUAUAAGUCAAAGUCUAUGCCAGUUACCACCUUCUGGCACAAAGACUUGGAGAAGGGAAAAGGGUGGAAAGGGCGUACCAUCUCUGGCCAAGUCAAGGCCAAGGAUCAUAUGAUCCUUACCUUAGAGGARGGCGGUACAGACGAGGUUCCGUAUAGUCAGAUCGAGUGGGGCCUCGAGGAUGAUGGCAGUAGUGUGGGGCAAGGGAGGUCCUAUGCUGCUGUCGCGGCUGGAGGGAGGCCGCAAGGUAGAGGAGGAGGCCAGGGCCAAAGGGGCCAGGCCAUGGGAGGCCAAAGACCGGGCGCGCAGGGGGUUGGCGGCCAAGGAAACCGCCAAGCGGGAGGUAGGGGUCAAGGUCCCCCAUUAAAUCGUCAGGGUAAUCGGUCCCCACAGCGAGGAGGUGGAAGAACACCUCAAGGAGGAUGGCACCCAAGCUUGCCACAGGGCAGGCCCUGGGAAGACUCGGGCUUGGACCAGCGAUUAUGGCAGGAACGCGUGAACAUGGGCCCGUGCCUAGAUAGUUGUCCAGAGACUGCUUGUGUUAGCGUCUCUUUAGGCACGUCCCUCACAGGUGUGGCAGACGAGUUGAAGGAGAGAAUGCCAGUCUGGGCCAAGAUGAAGAAAGAGAGUAAAGGACAACUGAUCUUGGUAGAUGUAGAAGUCUUUGGAAGCAGAGUAGGGGCCCUCAUAGACUCAGGGGCCACCCGCAGGUAUAUUAGUCGUAGGGCGCUGAAGAAGCUGAAGCUAGGAUUAAAAGUCCAGAAAUUGGCAGACCCCAUAGUCAGUGUCCUUGCAGACAACAGCACGAUGCGAGUUGAGGACUAUGUAGAGGGAGUCCAGGCGUAUUUUCCCCUAGAGAAAGAUGGGAAGGUGGAGAAAGUUUUCCAUUCCCCGACUCUCCUCGUACAGGAUGACCUUCCUUUUGAUAUAGUGUUAGGACUGGAUUGGGGAGAGACAGCAGGGGCCACACUUCAUUUGAGAGAGCAUGAGUGUAGACUCCCUAGUCCGUCAGGCGAGGUUAAGACUGCCCGCUUGUUCCAUGUGUCUGGUGUAGAUAACACCUUGGCACAUUGCUGUCUCAGUGCUCCCGCAUUCGCGCGAUUAGUAAAAAAGGAGCAGUUAGAGGAACAAGUCUUUGUAGUGUAUGUUAGACCUGUCACCGAGGGCAAGGAAGAGAUAAGUUCCACAGAUACAACCAUAGCCAAGUUGCUGGAAGAAUUCAAAGACUUGACUGAGUCGCCGACAGGAGUAGUGUCGCGACCUAUCCAGCACAGGAUAGAGAUAGAGCCCGACAAUAGAACUCCUAAGGGUGCAGUCUACAGAAUGUCCCCCAGGGAGUUAGAGGAGCUUCGCAAGCAGUUAGAUGAGCUCCUAAAGAAAGGUUGGAUCAGGCCCAGUUCAUCUCCUUUUGGAGCACCAGUCUUGUUUGUCCCCAAGAAGGAAGGAGAGCUUCGUAUGUGCAUAGACUAUAGGGGUUUGAAUGCGAUCACUGUAAAGAAUGUUGAGCCACUGCCCAGGAUAGACGACCUCUUAGAUCGGGUGCAGGGUUGCAAGUAUUUCUCCAAAAUAGACUUGAAGUCCGGAUACCAUCAGAUAGAAGUCCAUCCUGAUGAUCAGUACAAGACUGCGUUCCGGACUAGAUAUGGGCACUAUGAGUUUAUAGUGAUGGACUAACCAAUGCGCCAACCACUUUUCAGCGUUGUAUGAAUGAUCUGUUUAGACCGUGGUUAGAUAAAUUUGUAGUAGUCUA